GUUGAACCUUUAAUGUUAGAUGAUAUAUACAGAACGACCGCUUUGGUGUGUGUUAUCCUGGCAGUUUGUGCGUACAUCUCUGCCCUAAAACAAUCGUGGCGUAUUGCCUACGCGUGUCGUUGCCUGUUAAUAUCAGGAUUAUCGGCAGUGGGUACACUCCUGUCAACUUGCAACCAACGGAUAUUCUGGAUUCAUUCAAUUCCCAGCUGUAUGAUCGGGUUAUUGCUCUUAUAAACUUCUCCCUCGGCGCACGACGGUCAAUAAUGUUUGGGCUGUCGAUUCUUUCUGAAAUGCUAGCAACUGCUCGCUAGUUGAAACAGUUGAAACCGACUAUGACGACAUAUUCUGUAUCCCAUAUAUGUUAAUGUACUCUUUGGCUAAUAUUCUGCAGUUGUGUGCCC